AUGGCAAAUUUCAAGAAGAUAGCAUCUGAAACUGACGUAAAGGUAAGAUUUUCAGUACCAAGUAAAUGGUUUAUGAAAAAUCUGUAUUCUCGUUUUGAAGGUAAAAGUAAAUUAGAUAUAUUAGUUAAGGAUCUAAGUGGAGAAGUGCAAUCCUUUGGUUUUUCAGUUCGAACCAAAGGCAAUCACUUCAAGCCCGUCAUCUGUAGGGGAUGGGGCAAAUUUGUUCGAGAAAAGGCCUUGAAGCCUGGCAAUAAGAUAGUUUUUCUCAUGGAGAAUGACCCAGAAAUUGGGACAGAGUACAAAAUAGAAGUGAUUAAAGAGAUCAAGCUAUUUGGAAGAAAUAUAGAAGGAAGGGUGUAA